CGGCAGAGUAACGUUUGGGGAUGCGCAUAAGAACCAAUUUUGGUCGGCCGCCGUAUGCGUUCUCUCGUAGUCUCGUGCCCUCGUGGUACGGACUACGGAGUAUAGGUAUUAUUAAUCAUGAUCAUGACUAUGUACCGAUGGAUUUAGUAGGUACACAAUGAUAAUGAUUUUACGGAGCCCAUUGAAAAUUGUAACCCAGGUGGUCAGUUACAGGAAAAUUAAAACCAUCUACAAUACGAUAUAAUAAAAUCAAGAAACCGCACCGCAGGAGUGAACGUAAUGAUAAUGAUCUUUUAAGUUUAUUUGAAGAGCAUAUGAGUAUAUGACUGAUGAUGAUGUUACUGAUAUGCAGGAAGAUGAAUUAUUAAACAUGCCAAAAAAUCGUUCACGGAGAGUUUCUUUAUCAUCUUCUAGGAAAUCGAAUGGUAUGACUAAUACUCCACCAUCUGCAUCAAUUAAACGUCUAAGAAAACCUGUAAAUCGAUUUGGUGAUAUUGUAGAUUUAAAUGAAAUCACACUGGAUUGUCUGGAUUCUUCUGAAAAAAAACAUUUAAGACAAUCUGUCACUCCUCGUUCUGGUUCAAAAGCUUGCCGAAGUAUUUUACAAGAUAUACCAGAAAAUAAAGAAAUUGAGAUUUCGACACCAAAACCACCAAGAAAAACUCCUAAAUCAUACGUUAAAAACUUGACAGCAUCAGUGGGCAAAAGAUUGAAUGGUGGAGCUAGGAUUCCGUGUAGUGCUUUAGAAAAAGCAAGAGAAAAUUUACAUUUGCAUGCUGCUCCUAAACAUUUACCAUGCCGUGAAUUUGAAUAUAAAUCUAUACAUUCUUUUUUAGUUAGAAAAAUUAAUGUUGAGUUGACAGGUAAAUUAAUAUUAUAUUCAAUAUUGAAUAUGUAUAUUAGUGGUGUUCCUGGUAUUGGAAAAACAGCAACAGUUAAGAGUGUAAUAGAUUCACUAAAUGCUGAUUUAUUGAUGAAACACAGUUUUAAAUUUGUUGAAAUAAAUGGCUUAAGGCUUGUCAAUCCACAUCAGGCAUUUUCUGUCAUAUGGAAAGAGUUAAUGGGGGAAACAGCAUCAUCUUCUAGGGCUCAAACAUUUCUUAAUGGCUAUUUUUCAAACAAAAAAGUAAAAGAAUUGUCUACAAUUUUAUUGGUUGAUGAAGUGGACCAUAUUUGUAAUCGUAAACAAAACGUUGUAUAUAAUAUACUUGAUUGGCCUAGUCAAACUGGUUCAAAAGUGGUUGUAAUAACAAUUGCAAAUACAAUGGAUUUGCCUGAACGAGUAUUACGAAGAUGUGUCACUAGUAGAAUGGGUUUGACCCGAUUAGUAUUUAAGUCAUAUACAUUCCAGCAGUUACAAGAAAUAAUCAUGAAUAUGUUGAUAGGAAAUUCUACAUUUGAUCCAGACGCUGUUCAAUUGGUUGCAAGAAAAGUAGCAGCAAUAUCAGGUGAUACAAGAAGAGCUCUAGACAUAUGCCGUCGAGUUACUGAUUUAAUUAAGUCAGAAGAUGAUUCACAAUUAAUAACCAUUAACCAUGUUAAUCAGGUGUUAAAUUCAAUACUUUCUGAUGUUCGUGUAACUGCUAUCAGGUUUUCUUGUCUUAUGGAACAAUAUUUUCUAAGAGCUCAAAAAACAAAAAAGUAAUGCACUUCAGAUUUUGUGUGGCCUAUGCCAUAAGAGAAUCGCUCAAGAAUCUUUUACAAGAGUCGAUGAAGUGAAUGCGGACAACAUAACAUCAUUUAUAGAUGCACUGAAUGGGUCUUAUAUUGACCUCAUUAAGUGCAUCUAUUUUGCAUUAUGUGGUCAAGAGGCCGAGGACCAGUCGGCAGUGAAAACCGUCGGCUGGUGGUUGGCGCACCCCAACACCUUAACCAAUACCUUAUAUGGCCAAAAGGUUAGGGUUAAGGGGUUGGGGGGGGCCUAACGACAGGUACCCACCAUAUGAACUCCAGGAGAACUGGGUUAGGCGUAACAGCCAUGAGCGGUUUCCCCUAACUUGGAGACCUUGGAGGCAAUAAGGCGGGUACUGGAGGAGUAUGGGUAUCCAAUGUUACCCAACACUAGGGAACAAAAAAUAAAGAGGUUUAGAAGAAAAAAAUUCAACCAAAUAUUGCGCAACAAGAACAAGACCCACCACCCACUACCCCUCUUUCACCACUGGAUUUCCCAAUUUAUAACAUGGCCGAUAUCCCAUCCCUAGUCCCACCCCACCGCUCCCUCUUCCCUAUUAUUGUCCCAUCUCACCGCUCCUCCACUCCUGUCCCCUGUUUUAAACCAGGGGACAGUGUAAAUGUGACAAACAGACAAAAACCUUAUUUGGCGCCUGUUUUGGUUAAAACCGAUGGGAACGACGUGCACUACUUUCACCCUGCGCUCAGGGUGAAAAAAAUGCAUGUCGCUCCCAUUAGGUUUGUUAAACUAUUUCAGACACAAAUAGAGGUCGAUGGGACAAUAAAAUUGAUAAAAGUUAGGAAGGACACAAAGAGGAUGAGAGCUGAUAAGGUGCUUGUCAAGACCUACGAAGGUCUUGAUAUGUACUUAAGAGGCCUAUAAGCCUCUUCUAGUUCCUCCUAACUUUUAUCAAUUCCCCCUACGGCCCUACCCGAUCGUGAGUGUGGUUAAGCUGCUUACCAAGCAAGGUGUCACUACAAGACCUGUAGUAAAAUUAGUUCCGCUCCCUACUCAGUAAUUUAUUUAUCUUAUUAUAUUUAGUAUAUUUUUAAUAUAAUACAGUUCAAUAUUUAUAUUUUAGUGCUCUGAUAGUCACUAAUUAAAUUUUUAUAUUAGUACCUUUAAUGUUAUAAUCGCUCAAUAAUAACGUAUUCGAUUUUCUUAUGUACAUACAGCUCAGUAUAUUUAAUAUUUAUUUCUAUCUUGUAUGAUGUUUAUAUAAUGUUGUGCUAGGACUCCUUGGGCUCGGGUUGGCACUUAGCUCGUCAUCCAUGGGUCAGAACAAUGGUUUGCUAUUUUAUUUUUAUUAUUAUAUUUAUUUUGUUAUGUUCUAAUAUAAUAUGUCUUAUGUUAUUUUACUUAUUUUUUUUAUAAUACGCCACUUUAACCUAACCUAGUUUCGGACAGCUGUUCAAUUAUUAUAAAAAAAAAAAAAUGUAUUUCCCCCUGCUGCUCCAAGAUAAGUUCUAUCAUCGUUUGAAUAGCUCCAGUUCAAUCAACGUCCCAGUAUCAGCUCUUGCAAUCAAUCAAGUUCGAUUAAGCUCCAGUUCCAGCAGUUCGCAAGUUCCAACCUCAUGACCCUCAGUCCGAAGAUCAUGUGAUACACGGUCUUAGAAAAUAAGGUCGGACAACUGAUUCAUUAUUAGCAUUCCGCUUAGUGAGGCAAAUUCAUUUCCAAAUGUUGCCACUUUACAAUUGAGCGCUACCUUACAGACGUUAUUUGAGGUUUUUACUUUUGGGUGUCAUUUUUAAUGUAACUCGUUUUGGUGAGCAUUGUGCAACUAAUCGAGCUGAGCGCUGCUUCAACAUCUUUCUGGUUCUUGCACAAGGAAAACAAUAAUAACCAUGUGGAAUUAUUAUAGAACAAUUAAAGUUACGUUAGUGAAACAUAGUAUCAACUAUAAUAUCGUUAUUUGUAGCUAAAUAUGAACUGCUCCUACAUUAUAAAAUAAUUAAUUAAAAAUAUAUAUUUAAAUAAAAUAAUAAUAAUAUUAAUAAUAUUAUUAUUAAUAAUUUAAUAAUUAAUUAAUUAAAACAUUUGAUAAUUAAUGAAGGAUUUAUAAUAUUAUUUAGUUUUUGUCAUGUAAGAAGUCUAAACCUCUACAAAUUUUAAAUGUUGCUGCUUCUUUAAUGACAUUUUCCAAAUGUUGUUGACUAAUCACUUUAUCUAAUGCAUUUUGGAAGUUAUCGGCAUUAAUAUUCUUCCCCAAUAUAUUGCAUGUUAUUUUUAAAUCCUUUUCAAUAAUUAUAGUUUUACGUAAAAAUGAAUUUAUGUUAUCUCUAUUUUUUAUAAAAAUUAUUUUUGAAAUUCCUAUUGUGGUUUGGUCAUUGGACAAAUAUUUAUGCCAAUUUGGAGGCAAUGUUAACUCUCAAAGUUGUAUCGUGUUAUAAACAAUCUAUAAACAUAUGAAAACAGUUAUGUUAUGUAUUGUAAAAAAGCAAUAAAAUUCUUCUUUUUGUUAA